CAUUUGAGUCUCUACUUUACUAAACCUAAACCCUGUUAACAAAAACAGAAAUCCUCAUCUUGUUUUUGUUCCCAAUGGCAACCCUUUCGCUUCUGCAUAAUCUAAACUUCGUUCCUCUCUUCAACCCUAGUCUCUCCCACCAAAACCCUAUUUCUUCAAUCUCUCUCAAACCUUCAAUACUCCGCUGUUCAAAUUCCACCAAUGUUCCCGCUCCAUCUCCCUCACCUUCGAUUCGCAUCCAACGCUGCACAAGAAUCCAUGCACAGUGUGCUCUAUUCGAUUACCUUCACUACACUCGACGUUACACUUUGGUUGACGCAGAUUUCAUUGCCAAAAACUCUCCAUGUUUCAUAAAUUCGCUUAUAAGCAAAGUCAGAGUCAACGAAAGAGACGAUGAUUUUGGUUGGGCUAUCAGAAGGUACCUUAUGCAUCACCCUAUUAAUGAAUUUGAACCCUUUUUAGAGAGUAUAGGGGUUAAACAAAGUGAAUUGAAGUUACUUUUGCCUAAAGAUUUGUUUUUUCUUGGUGGUGAUGAUAGUGUUUUGGUUGAUAAUUUUCAUGUCUUGUUUAAUUACGGGAUUCCCAGGAAUAGAAUGGGGAAGAUUUAUAAAGAAGCACGAGAGGUUUUUGGGUAUGGGAGUGGUGUUUUGUCCAAGAAAUUUGAAAGUUAUGAAAGUUUGGGUUUGAGUAAAUCAUCUCUUGUCCAACUGUUUGUUUGUUGUCCAUUGCUUUUAGUUGGAGACGAGGUUGAUUCUCAAUUUGUUGUUGUUCUUGAUUGGUUGAAGAGAAUUGGGAUUGAGACUGGAUGGUUUGUGAGUUGUAUGUCUCCUAAAAGAACAUAUAGAUGGAAAACGAUCAUUGAUAGUAUAGAGCUUUUUCAUCAAGGGGGAUAUUCUGAGAAACAAAUGUAUGAUUUGUUUAAGGCAGAUCCGAAAUUGUUGUUGGAGGGUUUAGGAAAGAAGGCAUUUUUGGUUAUAGGUCGGUUGAUUAAGUUGGGUCUUGGCGUGAAUGAGAUUUGUUCUUGUUUUAGAGAGCAUCCUGAUAUGUUGUCAAGUCCGCGAAUGGAAAAUUUGAUGCUUGUAAUUGCUUUUUUGUAUAAUAUUAGAAUGGAACAAGAUGCUAUUGCUCAUGUUUUGUAUAACCACAUGCAUAUCCUUAACAGACAUUCAAUAAAAGGUUAUAAAACAGUGUCUAAAGAGUUGGGAGUUGGAAAAGCUAGUUUAUGUCAAAUGAUACAGGAUGAUCCGUUAGAGUUUUUUGGUUUGGCUUUAAGACGUAGGCAGAAGAAGAAUCUAAAUGACUUCAAAUAUGACCCGCGUAGGUAUUUGGAGAAAACAAAUUUCUUGCGGAAACUUGGGUAUACUGAUAACACUGAGGAGAUGGAAAUAGCUAUGAAGAUGUUUGGAGGAAGAGGUGACAAGUUACUGGAAAGAUUUAACUGCUUGGUUGAAGCUGGUUUGGAAUAUAACACUGUAGUUGAAAUGGUAAAGCAAAUUCCUGCGAUUCUAAUUGUUAGGAAAACUGCAUUGCAAAAGAAGAUUGAUUUCUUAAAGAACACUUUAGGUUACCCAAUAGAAUGUCUCGUGGGAUAUCCAAAAUAUUUAUUCCGUGAUUUGGACACAAUUUAUGCAAGAUUUGCAAUGUAUGAGUGGUUGAAGAAGAGAAAUGCAAGAAUAGAUUGCGAGUUAUGCUUGAGUACCAUAGUUUCAACUUCUGAGAAACAGUUUCUAAAACUCAUUGUGAAUGCGCAUCCUGAAGGUCCAACAGCUUGGCAAAUUAUAAAUAGUUUAUAUAACAAAUCUAAGAAUUAACCGCACCUUAUAAGUUUAGUUGAGAUGUAAAUUUAAAUACAAGCUUGGCUAGACCUUGCACUUACUUUGGUUUCAUUUUGGUUUUGUUUAAGGAUUUUUUUCUCGUCUGCCUAAUGAGAAGCAAUCAAGCACUUAUCGUCA